CGUUCCGCGGGGUGGCGGAAGUCUCGCUCUGCCAUGUUGAGCGCUUUGUUUCUGUAAGUGAGACGCGAUGAUGGAGCAGAGCUGGAGCUCUUUCUUAUUCCAGCAGGCUAAUGAAGCCCUUCACCACCAGCACCAGGUGGCCCCAAGCAGCCUGCUGCCACUGCUGAACUCUGAGCCCCAGGACCAGAAGCCUGUGAUGCCCAUUCCUCUGGACCACAAGCCCCCCGUCAGCGCCGCCGAGCUCCUCAAGGACAACGUAGCCAGCGGGACUGGGGGAGGAGGGGGUGGCAAUGGCGGAGGAGGUGGUCCAAUGCCCGUGGUCAAGAAAGAGCACAAGAGCAAGACACCAUUCAUCUGCGGCUACUGCAACAAGGCCUUCCGCGACAGCUACCACCUCCGCCGACACGAGUCCUGCCACACCGGCAUCAAAAUGGUGUCCAGACCCAAAAAGAUGGCGCAAGCGGCACCCACCAUGGUUUCGCUCAUCUCCACCAUGUCCCGUGAGAACACAGGCGACCCUGCCUACAUCUCAACCGUCGCUGGCAUCUUUUCCACAGCGACCACUUCCACGUCUUCUGCCUCCACUGUCAUGUCCCCGACGUCCAUGUCCAACGUGACCCAACACAGUGCCCCCAAAAAGCCACCCAAACCUGUAAAGAAGAACCACGGCUGUGAAAUGUGUGGGAAAGCCUUCCGGGACGUUUACCAUCUGAACCGACACAAGCUGUCACACUCGGAUGAAAAACCAUUCGAGUGUCCUAUAUGCCAACAGCGCUUUAAGAGGAAGGAUCGCAUGACGUACCACGUGCGCUCACAUGACGGAGGGGUCCACAAACCCUAUGUCUGUUCUGUAUGCGGAAAGGGAUUCUCGAGGCCUGACCAUCUCAGCUGCCAUGUGAAGCAUGUUCAUUCCUCGGAAAGACCUUUCAAAUGCCAAGUAACGGCCUGUACAUCAGCCUUUGCCACCAAAGACAGACUUCGGUCGCAUAUGAUUCGGCACGAAGGGAAAGUCACCUGUAAUGUGUGUGGAAAGAUGCUGAGCGCCGCCUACAUCACCAGCCACUUAAAAACACACGGCCAGAACAACUUCAGUAAUGCCUGUAACAAAGGAGAUUGGCAGUGGAACCACUCAGGGCUCCGAAAAGACAACAAUGAAGUUUGCAACUCUGCCUCCACUACACCAGUCUCGGCCACAGCCCCAAUCACCUCUGCAAUGAACCGCGGCAACACCAGCAACCCUGUUACAAUAGCAGCCCAGAUGAACAUCUCUACCAACACAGUCAACAUCACCUCUCCUGUCAGCCUGCAGCACCAGGUUACCAUCACCGGCCCUGUGAACAUUGCAUCCGUCAACAUCCCAGCCUCAGCGUCCAUGAAUAUAGCCCAUCCGGUGGCCAUCACCACGCCCAUGGCCAUGCCCAUGAACAUCGGCGCCCCACUCAACAUUGCCAUGAGACCUAUGGACACUAUGCCCUUCCUGUCCCAAGUCUUGCCAUCUUCUCACUGGUAAAACCAGGGGCCCUGACCAGCAUUUUUUCCUGACAUCUGAGUGGCGCGAACAAACCCAUCGCGUGGCUACAUUGCAACACUAGCAGAAGAUUUGCACGGAUUUCCAACUCUCUCUGGCCUUUGAGUAUGUUUGCGUUUUGCGCACCUGGUGAGCAGCUCUGUAGCGGGGCAUUGCGCAAGCUCCUCUGAGCACUUCAAACCCCGAAUUUAAGAACAAAUGCAAUAAUUGAUGUGCAUUUCGAACCCUUUUUUUUUUUUUUUUUUUUUUUAUAUAAGCAGAGUGCCAGUGGGUUCUUCAAUGAUGUUGAAGUGUACCCUGCUAAUCAGUAUUUAAGGAAAUUCGUUUAAAAUGGAUUGUUGCUUCCAUUGGGAGGAUGUUUUUAAUAUCUUUUGCAUUAUUUAGAUUUUGCGCAAUGUUGUGAGUGUGUGCGUGCGUUAUUUUUUUUUGUGUGUAUGGAGGUGCCGUAGAUCACUUUCUUUUUUAAUUAAUGGUGUUCGUCAUGACACUGUUUACUACUAUUCAGUUUUUAUUAGGGGAGGGCAGCUUCAUUCUCUUAUUGUUUACGUGACCAUUGUUAGAUGUCGCGUGUUUUUUUUUUUUUUUUGCAUACAGAAGAAAGCUUUGGAGGAAGGAAAGAGUCUUGCACUGAAAGCAUAUCUCUAGUUUAAAGAGGCAGUAUUAUCUAAAUAUAAAUAUCAAGAUAUGUUCCAAAUGGUGCACUUGAUGUGGUCGCUACUAUCCCAUGGCCUUUGUUUGUGCGGAUCUAUAAAGUCCAUGAAGACAAAGAGUAUCCUGUUUGUCAUUUAACGAUUGCAAAAGGUUCCACCUUUGCACAAUAGAAAACACACUUUUCUAAAGUCUGUGCAGCAUUUCUUCACCAAAGUAUGGACUCAGAGGGCCAAGUGUGUCAUUUGGGACGGGGUUUAUGAGCUGUAGGUAACCAGCUCAUUUAUAACAGUGCCAUCUAUUGGUUGGAGUACUGCGCUGAUGCCCUUUUAAAGUUUUAAUUUGGACUUUUGCCUGUUAAAAGUUUGUAUUUGUAUUUUUUAUAUGAUGUUUGCAAGAUUCCUGUUCUAAAAACAUGUUUUACAAAGGAAAUGGCUGAGAAUAGGAAAUGAACAUGGGUAAUUCCAGGAAAAUGCCUUGGAAUUAUUCAUGUUUGUUUGUAAAUAUAUUUUACUUAGAUUUUUUUUUUCUAUUUGUUUUUUUUUUAAGUUUUUAUUAUUAUUUUUAUUUUUUUGGCAUGUUUAUGUAAUUUUUUUUUUGUUUGUUUGUUUUGUUUUAUGAAGUUUAAACUCUGUAGAUGAUAGUAUUUUCCUGUAGUUAAAACCCAGAAGCAACAUAAAAUUUACAUAAAAGCACGUCUUCAGUCUGAAACAAUGGAGGAUGUUUACAGACUGGCUCUGGAAAUUUCAACACUGUGUGCUUGUCUAUUUGGACUAAAGAUUUGAAUUUUUUUUUGUUAAUGAAACACAACAGUAUGAGUAGGAAGAGUGAGCUGUCACUCACUACACAUUACUGCCAUCAAUGUGAGAGAAUUUAGGUACAUUUUGUCAGCCACUUCCUCUAUAUGCUUCCUGUGCAUGGAGCAGAUGCAAGAGAGAAGAGACUGCUGUAGUGAAAACACUAAUUUGACUUGUAUGCAAUUUUUUUGUGGGUCGUUAUCCCGCCACAACCUGUGAUUUGACGAUCUGGAGUGUCUGAAUGGACGCCGUCCACCCCAGCACUGAGUCUCAGGAAGGGGAUGCUUUUUCCUGAUCAGACACAAUGAAUCCCUGAUCCGUGUGUGUGUGUUUGUGUUCGUGUCUCAUGAGGCAUUUGAUUCUCCCGUCACACUAGAACAAACAAAAGCAUGUUCCAUAGUUUAGUUUCUGGGAGAGUGAGAAUGCACGUUUAUGCAUUUCAUGGUGGAUGCAUUACAAUUGCCUCUUUUAUUUGCCAAAUUGAAACCAAUUAUGAAAUCCAAUGAAGUGAACAUUUUCGAAUUGAGUCUAAUGUUGUUGUUUUGAUUCAGUUGGUGAACUGGAUGAUUUUUGGAGCCCCUGUGAAAGCAGUUGAAUGUAUAUGUUUGUACAGUGUUUAGCUCAGAAGAUCUUAGAGUACAGAUAGACAAUGUGAGCAAAGAAAAGCAAAAUAACCUUUUAUAAAACUUUUGUAUUAGUACAUUAACAAUGGUAAUUUUGUAUAUAUGAAGACUAGGCUUUCUGAGUAGCGGAAAGAAAAACAUUCCUACAUUUUUUUUAAAUGUACGUUUGUCAGAAAUAAUUAUGUAAACAUGCGCAAUGUUUAUGUGCCUUUUAUUUGGGUUGUCUAAAUAAAUAAAAAAAACUGUAAAACAAGCA